AUGAGAGCGCUGACGACAAUAAGUAUGGCGAGGAUGCUGCACAGUCGUUUAGCAAUGGUGGCUCCCCUGGUCACAAUUGCCCUUGCCGCGCUGGGAGCCUCGCCGAUGAACUCCUUCUCGCUUCCCCCUGGCGCGAACGCAGUGGGAUCCGGCGUCACACUUGCUUCAGCAUCGUCUGCCAGCAGCACGUGUUCGUCGUCCGCGCCAUCUGCUUCAGUGGUUUUCUCUUCUGCUCUGAGAGCGGCGUCUUCCUUUGGAGCUGGAUCCCUGGCGUUCGCCAAGACGAGGCCACUCAGCCAAGGAGACCCGGCACCAGCAUGCGUAUGGAGGAUCCGCGUCGCGGCAGCGGACGGAGGAAAGACGUGGGGAGAGCUCGACUCCAAAGCUGCGUUCACGGGCAAAAGAGUUGUUGUCUUCAGUCUUCCAGGCGCAUUCACGCCGACGUGCUCGUCGAGGCAUUUACCGGACUUUGAAAGGCUGUACGACUCCAUUCGCGCUCUCGGCAUCGACGAGGUUUAUUGCUUGUCUGUCAAUGACGCUUUCGUAAUGGAUGCCUGGGCCAGCAGCCUGAGUGUUAGAAAUGUGAAGAUGAUCCCGGAUGGCAAUGCAUGCUUCACGUCGAAAAUGGGCAUGCUGGUAGAUAAAAGUAAUCUUGGGUUCGGGCCACGGUCCUGGAGAUAUGCAAUGGUGGUGCAGGAUGGCACUAUAGAGAAGCUGAUGGUGGAGCCCAGUAUGACUGAUAACGCCGACGACGACCCGUUUGUUGCCUCUAGUGCCCAGAGUGUGCUAGAUUACUUGCGUGAAACCCCUCGCGGCACUGGAGUGUGA